CUCCGUUACCUACCCGUCUUGGAUACUUCAGUUUCAGUGUUGAGAAACAUCAACAUAGUAACCCGGGAAAGGCAACCUUAGGAGCGGGUAGCAACCUUUCUUUCUAGCAAUCUCAAGGCGGACGUGGAUAUUUUGGUACCCGGACAAACACUAAGUCAACAACAAUGGGUGCAUGUCGCUAGAAAAAGUUGCUAGCUAACAUUCGUUUGCUAACGUUAGCUGCUAACGCUAACGUUAGCAAACAGACAGCUGAACGAAACUGAAGUCUGGAGAAGUUAGGAUUUUAUUAUCAUGAACGUCAGCAUGAAUGUGGACAACUAGUUAAACACGUCGGGUCGUUUCCCUGAAGGUGAAUGAGAGCGAUGAGGAGCAGCAGGAGGACUGAUUUGUCUCUUAAAAGCUCUGGUCAGCAGCUUACCGAUCACAGUAUUGGUACAGAGCUGACAACUACAUGGAAAAGUUUGUCUCAGUCCAAAGCUGCUUUACGGCAUAUAGAGAACCGCCUAGAGGCAGCUCCAGGGACAGGCGUUCUCCUGGACUCUGUUAUGGACCUUCCCAAGAAGAAAUCCUCCAGGGCGAUCCGCUGCAGGGAUGGACAACAAGCAGAUGACAGUAGAGGGUCUUCGAAGCGCAGGGGGCGAAGUCAGCAGAGUCCAGACAAGAGCAGCUCACGCAGCCCGCUGAGAAAUGCCACUCAGGACAGCAAUGUCCGGAGGAACAACAGCGUGGAGUUCAGGGAACCACUCGUGUCCUACAGAGAGGCCACCCCUCCACCUCAUCCCUCCUCUCAGCUGGAGGCCUACAGUCUGCAGUCAGUGCCAGGGUCUUCGUACCCAUCCUCUCCGCCUCCCUCAGAUCCUCUGCUCAGCCAGCUGGUCUACCAGAGAGACACCAGGGACAAACAGGCAGACACGGACCUGGACAGCACACACUCCUCGGCUCUGGAGAACACCGAGGUACGCUACCUCAAUGACCAGCCAGCCCUGGACACCCUAAGGACUAUUGGAAACCAGUCACAUCUCACAGAUGUAAGAGUUCAUGCAUGUCAUAGGGCUGAGGAGAAAAGCACUCUAAAAGCACAACUUGGCAUGGAUAGCCAUGAGUCAAGCCCAUGCUUAGCUCCAGCUCCAGGCUCCAUAUGCCAAGGGGAGAGCACUCCCUCCACCAGCCCUGGUUCAGCUUCUCAACGGUUGGAGAACCUAAGGCGACAUCAGCCUGAUGAUAAGCUGGAGAAGCUCAAAGAGCGUAUUCGAAGACAGAGACAACAUCUGGAGGAGGCUGCAGAGAAAGAGAAGCUGCUGUGUUAUCAGGAACAGCCCAUUAUGGCAGCUGUGGGGAGUAACAAUGCUGGUACUAGCAACAUGCCCACCGCCAUAAUACGGAAAGUGGCAGCUGCACCGCCUGCACCUAUAUACAAAGGUUUCAACAGCACUGAGACAAAGAUCCAGACUCCCGAUGGAAGAGUUUGGAAGGAAGAAGAGUUUCAUAACCUCAGCAAAGAAAUAUACAGUGACUUGUCACGACAGUUUGCUGAGAGCACCAGAUCUAGACAUCAGCAGCAAAGGGAACAGAGAGCGGACAGGUCAAAAGAGAGGAGGCCUUCCAAACCAGUCAGGAAGGUCCACAGAGCUGCCCCUUCUACUGACUUAAAUGCAAAACCAGUGAUUAGCCCUGCAUCAUGGCGCGAGGGCCAGAAGCUGGUAAAGAUGGUACUGGGUCCAGUUCCCAAGCUGCCCAGGGAGGAGGACAGACCCCGCCCAACUGACAGACUGAGCAGAACAGGUUCCCGUCCCCGUUCCAGUUCAGACCCACGCUCAGAACCAAACCCACAGCCUCACCCUAACCGCACAGAAAUACCUCGUAGUGGAUUUAUAUCCAAAAAGCACGCCACAUCCGCAUCUCCUCCCUCAUCUACAGACCGGUACCAGGCCCCAGUGGGUGUAAGCACAGACCUGUUGUCAGCAGACAUCAAGGGGAUACUAGAUGAUCUUCAGCUGGAGUGCAAAACCGCUGAGAGCGAAGAGAGGGCCCGGCAAAGGUCCCGGUGUGGGAGCAGUGCUAGGAGAGGGAGAGGGGGAUCAGGGUCACGAAAAAGAACUCCAGUCUCUGUUUGGGGAGCCACUGUGACAACGGGUAGCUCCUCAAGAGGCUGCCGCAGCGCCAGCCCCACCACACACCGACCAGAGACUACAGAGUAUGGGCACAAAAAGCGACACUAUGAUGCAGACACCGUUCGCCAGUACAUUUCCAGGCAACAAGAGGAGAGAAAGAGACGUCAAGCAGAAGAGAAGAGGGCACUUAAGGAGGAGGCAGAAAAGAGAAACCAGAGAUUACAGGAGCUCUACAGGAAGCAAAGAGAAGUAGCUAAAACAGUGGCCCUUCCCAGCGAGGCGCCUGUGGCCCCAGUACAAAAACGACUACAGGAAACCUACAACAAACUGCUGUUGGAGGAAGCCGAACUGGGCCAGGAGGCCACACAGAUGCUGCCUGUUGCACCUUCUAGGCAAAUGAGAUCGGUGUACCAGCCCUCAGGAGAGUCGGACAAAGAGAACAGAAGACUAGAGGCACCUCAGAGCCCCUCGAGCAGUGAUAGGUCUUUGAAUGAUCAGGCAUCUCCUCCAUUAUCCAGGAAUGAUCUGGAUAUUGGGGUUACCUCUUUUCAGCCUGACCGUCUGAGCCCAGCAGUUCGACCUAUGACUGGUCCCAGCAGCAGCGAGCUCGCCCCUUUUGGUGACCGUCUACUCUCUCAGCUUCUUAGGCUGGAGACUGUGGUUGCUGCUAGUGAUGUCAAGCAUACCCAGCAGAAGGCCGCAGCAUCUUCCAACAAACCGCUGUCCAAGAUGUCCCGCAUUGAGGCCCUCAAGGCCACAGCCACAUCUCUCUCCAACCGUUUAGAGAGUGAAGCACGAAAGAUUGCUUGGGAGGGGGUCAACUAUGGUACAGAAACUUCAAUGGACCUAGAUAAAAAUAGGCCCUCUCAAGCUAAUCUUAAUGAUGGAUGCUGGGCGGAAACAGCUGCUACAGGAAAUGAUGACGUUGAAUUGAGGAUCCAGAAAAUUUUGACCAGCACAGGUCAUAGUUCAUAUAAUGGCACAGAUCUUCCAGGAGUAGGCAAUCUGCACCCCCUCAGGGGACACAAAGAAAACAAGGGUACACACACCAAUUUGACCUAUCCACAAACGACUUCUGUUGAUGUAACAGGGCCCAUUCUCAACAGUUAUACACAUGAAAGGAGGAGGCUAGUCAAUGGUUUGGAAAAGGAUAAGAAUCGGACAGAACUCCAUGACUCAAGUGCCGGUUCCAUCAGUGAGGGUCCUAUUCUGAGUGAAGGGAGUUUUUCUGAGGAUGAUGCAAGCCCUCCUCACCCUUCCAACAAUCGUGUGCCUGUAUUGGCAGAUCGCCUGGAGGCAGUGGACUACUGCGGAGUUCAAAGAAGGAAUUACCAGCGGUUGUCAGAGUUCCAGAGGGAGGCAUCAAGGUGCUCGGCCCUCAGCCCACCCUGUGCACAUCAUGAUGGCAGCAAAGCAGCCUGGGAGGAGCUGAACAAAGGAAGCCCUUUAAGCGUCAUCAACAUUUUUACUAAGAAUCUUCAUGGCCAUGUUACAGUGAGUGAGAGGAACUCUCCCUCUGCCCAUUCUAUACACUCUGGGAAUGGCCCCGUAGACGCUGCCAUCUAUGAAGAUGACUUUGUGUCAUCACAUAGCAGCAGAGCCAGUGGCCAGUUAAGGAGAAGCUCCAAUUCACACAGUGUGAACAGUCAUUUUGAGGAGCUGAUGAGGAGGUCUCCUUAUGACAAAAGUACAGGAGGCAUCAAUUCUCACCAUUCAUCCUUUCAGUCAUCUAGUCACUCACCGCGUCUUUCCCCUGGUUCAACAUCUGGCUCCUCACCCUUCUCCAAGCACUCCACCAGAAAAAGAGGCACAGCAUCAGAUCAGAGUGAUGCCACCUUGGUAGAAGAGCAAAGGAGCUCUUGCACACCUCCCUCGGAGGCAUUAUCCUCUGACUCCAGGAAGAGGGGCUCAGACAAAAGUACCGUCCACAGCCGGGCAAAGAGUGUCCACUCUAAUGACACUAUAGAGGAAACGUCAGGGCUUUCUCACCAAAGUUUGGGACUUGACAGUAAGAAGUCUACAGCAGCCAGGCCCAAACAGUCUACUUCGUGUGACUCUCCAUACCCUGGUUCCAUAUCUCCAGCAGCAGACUGUCCCAGUGAGCCUGGGAGAAGUGGCUCUCUGGAGGCAAAUUAUCCCAACACAGGCACCACAGCUCGCACUGGUAGAGCAGAGACCAAGACCACCGGUGAACUACAAUAUUCACCUGCCGUCUUGCAGCAGCGUAUGGCAGUAGAGCUCCAGUACCUGGAGUCCAUUGAGGAGUCAGUCCGACAGCUGAGCGACGUGGAGAGGGUGAUGGGUGUGUCCAUGGCUCAGCAGGAGAGCGUGUCAUUGGCUCAGAUGCUCAAGGCCAGGCAGGAGUGCCAUGCGCGUGAUCUCUACGAGCUAAAGAUCAAGGCUGAAAGGGAAGCCCUCGAGACACAACUACAGCUGGAAGAAAACAGGCAGAGAGUGGCCAGGGCUCAUAUAGAACUGCAGGAUAACUUGGCUGCAAAUCAAAAAGACACCUUGGAGGGCCUCCAGGAGGCAACUACGAAGAUGAUGAGUCAACAGGCUGAGGCAGCACGGUACACGGCCGACACUGCCCGACACAUCAAAGAGAUGACGGAAUUGGCACGGUCCCAGAUAGCAGGAGCUUUGGUUGCCCCCCCUGCUGUCUCUGAUUCCUCCAUUUUGGACAAGCGGGAAGAACAGCAGAGCUCCUAUUUGAAACAGCUACAGGAAAAAAAUGACUCUGACAGCUUCCCUAGUGAGGUAUCAAGCAGAAGGACCAGGCCAGAGGAGCCGCUGUCUUCGCUGAACAGCCUCAGCCACUCUGACUCUCUAUCCUUCAGAAGACCCAACCUCAGUGGAGCGAACUCUAGCAGCCACCAUAGUCCGUCACGUGCCUCGACAGACCCCAGAGAACGGACAAAAAAAGAAGCAGUACAAGGGAAGUUGAGGAAGGGGGGAGCUAAAGAGAGGACGGAGAGGGAAGCAGGCAGCAGCUCCAUAGACGAGGAAGUUCUUACAGCAGCAAAUGAGUCAUUCUGCAGUGACAGCAUCCCCUCUGCAGUGGAUGAGAAAGGAGACAGUACUUCAGUGGCAACGGAGUACUCUCUCAAGUUUGAUGAGUCCAUGACAGAAGAUGAGAUAGAAGAGCGCUCCUUCCGCUCUCUGCUGCCGUCUGAGGCUCACCGCCGUGGUACCAUGGAGAAGAAGUCCCGCCACCAUGAGGAAUCAGAUGAUGGAGCCAAUCACGACACAACGUUGGUUUCAGGGGCACAGAAUAUCUUAAAGUCUCAGGAUGCAAACAUGGCCUUUUCUAGUGGACAGGAUAGUUUUUCCCAGUUCACAAUGGACAUGGUGCGUCAGUACAUGAAGGAUGAGGAGGUGAGACUGCAGCACCAGAGCUCUCUGCUGCAUCUUCGCCAGAAAGCUGUCAAAGAGAAGACCAGAACUGAGCUAGCCUGGCUAGAGCACCAGAAAAAGAGGCUGAGGGACAAGGGAGAGGAUGACAAAAUGCCACCCAUCAGAAAGAAGCAGAGGGGCCUUCUGAUGAAACUACAGCAGGAACAGGCUGAGAUCAAGCGACUUCAGGAGGCCAACAAAGCGGCCAGGAAGGAAAGGCAGCUGUUGCUGAAGCAGCAGGAGGAGAUUGAGCGGAUGAGAAACUCUACAUUCAGACUUAAAGAGCGUCUCAAGUGUGCUGGGGGUGAAACGCCACCUGAGACUCCUGUGUCGGAAACCCCCGUGUCCGAGGCAGCCUCUUCCAAUAUGAGAUAUACUGAAGAUGUCCGCAGCCCCUCUCCCUCGCUCUCCGUCUCUGGAAGUGAGACCAGCAGCAUCAUGCAGAAGCUCAAGAAGAUGCGCUCUCACAUGGAUGAGAAACACUGUUCUCCUGUCCACUACUUCUUCUCUGUGUUCACGGCCCACCACUGGGCCUCCCUCAGUGUCUGUCUUCCCAACCUUCACCCUAAAUUCCAGCUCUUUAUCUACAACCAGUUGGUCAGGUUUCUGACAAAGCGGGAGCAGCAGCUUAUGCAAAGGCGUCACCAUGCCGAAGAGCUGCUGCAGUGGAAACAGCGUCUGGACCAGGAGGAGGCAGAGGUCCGUAGGAUGGAAAAGGAGGCCCUGGCUGUUUGGGACGGACAAACACCUCGGGACAUGGCAGAGGGUCAGGAAAAGGAGAUCCCUGACAUUAGCCCCAGCCCCAGUCACCAUCAAAGCUCAGAGCCCAAAACUGACAGUGAGAAAGACUAUGUGAGUGAAGGUGACUUUUCCUCAGCGACUCCUGAGUCCAGUAUACACACAGAGGGACUGGGGUCCCAGCAACCUGAAAGCCCAUCUUUAGUACAACCUGCGUCAAUCCCUGAAACGCCUUUGGCCUCUGUGCAGAGCAGCGCUGCAAAUUACACCCAGGACUUCACUUCAGCUUCCCAGUCACCUAGCAAACAAUCUUUCCAGUCUCUACUUAAAGGCAGCCACAGCUCUGCUGCCCCUCCAUUAGAUAGAAGCAGCAAAACCAAGAUGCAGCUUUCCUCUUCCCGGACCGCCAACCAUGCCCUCACUCAGCCAACUGAAUCCCCCAUGCUUAUACAGACUGAACCCAUUUCAGACCAGAGUGACCUAGAGAGCCGUAUCAAGGCCCUGAAAGAAGAACUCAGAAAACGAAAGUAUAUGGCCUACCAGUUGAAGAAAGAGCAGAAGAAGAGGAACAAGGAGCGCCUGAAGGCCCAGGAGGCCAACCUACUGAAGCAACUGGAGAGCUAUAACAACUUCAUUGAGAAAACCAAGGCAGAACUGAACAAGGAGCCAGACUCCACACCCGAGACGCAGUCCCAGAUCAAAGAUACCGCCUCAAUCGCAGAGCAGUCCAGUAUUAAACCACCUGAUCACAGGUCCGACACCAGCAAUAUCUUUGAAUCUGAAAGGGCGCAAAAUGAUGCUUCAUUAGAUCGCAAUGCCCUUCCUCAACCUGAUCUUAGUAAAUCCACCUCAGUGCCUGAAGAAUUGUCGGAUGAAGAUGACGCACCAACUGUCACCACAUCCCCAGUUUGUGACAGCCCUGAGUGUCCGCCCUCAGGACCGAGGAGCCCCCUUGCCAGAGUGGUUAUUUUAAGACCUUCAUCUAAGGAUGCCCAGGCACAGAUAGAUGAGUCUGGGGAUGAGAACAUUGUGUCUUAUCAAAGAUCUGACAUUCAGGAAGAGCUGAAGGUAAAAGAAAGCUCCACAUUUGAGGAUCAACAUUCUGAACGUCUUCUGAAACCAGAAAAAGAAGACAGACUCGACUUCCAAGAGAAGCUGUCUGCAUCUAAACAUGUUUCUUCUUCCAUGAGUGAAGAACAUCGAUAUUCACCAUCUGUUAGCCUAGAACAAGAUACAGAAAUAAAGAAAAGGGAAACCUUUGAAGCUGAGGAAGCUGAAAAAUCAGUUGUUAUUUCCUCUAAUAAGUCACAUUCAGUUGCAAUGGACCUCAAAACGUCACCUCCUUUAAGCUGUAGCUCUGCAGCCAGUGAGCAUGACAUGGUGGCCUUCUCUUCAAAGAAGGGGGCGCCAAUAAAAGAUGUCAAGGUCUCUUCUUCCAUAGCGGAUGGUUAUCAUGAGGACUUUGAGUCUUCAGCAGAUUCUUCCCCCAGGGAGGAGCAUCCUAGUUCCAAGCCUGCCUCUCAAAUCUCAGUUGGCCCUACCGAGAUCAAGGGUUUGAGAAAGGACUCCCCUAGCCGAGCCACGCCGUAUGACAGCCAAGAUGAAGAGGUAGACGAGGAAAUAUCUGAAGAACUGAGUCACCAUUCAGGGACUAGUGGCGCUAGCUGCCAAUCUGGGAGGCUGCUUGAUCUUCAUAACCACACAGAAGACUCCGAACAUGACAGCAAGGAUAUUGUUCAUUCCAGCCGCUCACCACCCAUCUCUCCUUUGCAUACCCCUAUCUCUCCAGUUAUAGAUGAAAUGCCAAGUUUUAGCAUUGGAGAUCGGGUUCUUGUUGGUAGUGUUCAGCCCGGCACUCUGAGAUUUAAAGGUCCAACAAGCUUUGCUAAUGGUUUUUGGGCUGGUGUGGAGUUGGAUAAGUCUGAGGGGAGCAACAAUGGCACUUAUGAUGGGGUAGUAUACUUCAGGUGUGAUGAGAGCCACGGUAUCUUUGCUCCUCCAGACAAGAUCACACACCUACCAGACAAGUUUGAGAUCUACACAGACACCACUGAGGAUGAGGACUCAUUCUGUGAUGGUUUGUCAGAUAAAGAUGAGGAACAACGUAAAACAGAUGAGCACCAAUCCCAAAAGCCAGGAAAUCCGAAGAGUGAAAAUGAACAAACAUUCAAUGAGAUCAAUGAGUCUGGAGAUAAAAAGGUCACAGAAGAGUCCGUUCACAAGAUUGGAUCCCACCUCAAUUUACAGCAUUACAAAGAAUCUAAGCAUCCCAUUUCUAAUGGCAACACUAGGGACAUAAUGAUAAAUUUUGAAGAUGCACCAACCACCCUCCUCAUCUCUGACAAGGACAAGAUUGACCAGGGCAAGCAGAGUCGGAAGGAGAUUACUGCCCUUGUUGAGAGAGUAGAAGUAGACUCACAACAGUUUAGUCCUGCUGAUCUUUUGACUGAUAUCAGGGAUGAGAAGGGAGAACAGAAGGACAAAGACUUACUGGACACAUAUGCAGACAAGCUCCUCAACAACUUUGUAAAAGACACUUUGACACAGUUUGCUGAAAUUAAAAAGGCUAAAGAGCAGAAAAUAGAAGCUGCCAACCAGAUGAAUGGAUACCUGAUUAGUGAAAAUGUUGAACAAGAAGAAUGGUACUCUUCAGUGCAACAAAAAGAUGGUCUACCCUUCUUCCUACCUGCGGAAAAAGAAGAGCUGUCUUCUCCAGAGCUGUGUAACCAACCAGAGAGUCCGGUGUUGGGGCCCAGCGGUCAGGAGGAGCUCGCCAAACGACUGGCAGAGCUGGAACUAAGCCGUGAACUGCUCGAUGAGCUGAGUGAAGAUCAGGACUGGUUUGAUGAGGACUUUGGCCUUAGCUCCCGUAGAGAACAGCAGAGACUCAAACAGAGAGAGGAGGAGGUGAGGCUGGGGAGGUCUGGCUUAUCAGCUGGACUAGCCCUGGGGGAGCUGGCCUCAUCAGGUGGGGAACAGCAGGUUAAGACUCCACCUAGACCGGAGCUACCUCUCCCCCUGCCUCCAAAACUACCUGAGCAGCCUGCCAUGGUGGUGCCCCACUCAGCCACAGAAGUUGAGAAGAUGGUCCAUGCUGCCACUAAAGAGAUCUGGGAGAGCUGUUUUCUGGGGAAGGAGGGAGCACUGAUUUUCGCACAACUGCCAAACCCCAAACCUUCACAAGAGUAUCUGGGUAUAGAGGCCAGGAGCCAGGACCAGGAGGCCCUCUGCGUCCGCAGCUACCGAAAGGCUGUGUACGACCUGACGUGGGAGAUGCUUCAGGAGAUCUAUGCUGAGGACCCUAACGCAGAUCAGCCUCAGUGGGUCAAACCACGUCGAGUCAAGUCCUCCUUUUCCCACAGAGUGAAAACCCCAGGAGACCUCACCAAAAUCCAGGAAUUCAUCUCAGCAGAAGUACUGAAACUGUACGGUCUGACAAAAGAUCAUAGCCAGAAGACUGACUGGCAGAAGAUGCUCAAAUUUGGAAAAAAGAAGCGAGACAGAGUCGAUCACAUUCUGGUUCAGGAACUCCAUGAGGAGGAAGCCCAGUGGGUCAACUAUGAUGAGGACGAGCUGUUUGUGAAGAUGCAGCUGGCAGACAGUAUCUUUGAUGCUUUGCUGAAGGACACUGCAAACGUGCUGACGCUAAUCUAUGAUAAGAAGGCCAAAAGAGAAAACGCCCUCUCCUGACAGCUUUUUUGCUUCGAUUUUUAAACUACAACUUCUAGCUCAAUCCCAGUCCCCCGUCAACUACAGCCGACCAGCGGAUGUGCCAACAGCAACCCUCAGAUGCCUUCAGUCCCAGCAUUACCUCUCAGCAAAACAACUCCUUUUUUUCCUGUGACAUUAAUUUCCUGGAUAUGGCUUCAGCUAGUGGUUAUGUAAUUUGUUCUACACACA